GAGACACCGCAUGGGCGGUACUUUUUUGGCAGGCGACAGGCGGCAAAUCAAUAAGUCACGCAGCCACUUCCCCUUCUCAACCACCUCCCCGAGGCUGAAGCCCCCCCUCGCGUCCUCCACACUCCUUUCUCCUCGCUAUCCGGACGCCCUUCCCCUUCUCUAGUCCAUUAUUAGCCCAAAUACUGCUUUAUUCGCCAGCUCAACGGUGACGCGGACGAUUGGAAUCUUUUCAAGAUGCUCGCUCGCCAGCUCUCGCUGCUGGCUCUCGCGGCGGCCGCACCGGCCGCCUUCGCUCAGACACACACACCCGGUUCGUUCGAGGAUGGAGGGGAUACGCUCGUCAGCGCGAUGAUGAUGUUCUUGGGCAACGACGAAGUCGUCUACGUCCUCGACAAGGCUGAGGGCAACGCUGCUCAGAUUAACGGACACGCUGCGUGGGGUUCUGCGUACAACAUUGCGGGCCGCACCUCGCAGACGAUGGACGUCGUUACGAACACGUUUUGUGCGUCCGGCAUGCAUCUACCGAACGGGUCGUACGCUACGUUUGGCGGCAAUGGCGCCGCGGGCCCCGGAGGCAAUAUGGGCGACGUGCUCGCGCCAGGCGGCUACUCGGCGACGUAUGACACGACGUACCAAGACUACUCUGGGUCGAAGUCGAUUCGCAUCCUGAAUCCGUGCAAGUGGGACGACCUGUCGGGCGCGACAGAGCCGCUCGGGGACGGUUCUAUCGCGCUCAUUGGUGGGUUCGUCGAGGGUGGCUACAUCAACAGGAACUAUCCGAACGUUGACCCGGCGACGGAGGGCGGUGCGGCGGAGCCGACGUACGAGUUCUAUCCGAGCAAGGGCGAUGCGACAUUGAUGAACUUCAUGGUCAAGACGUCGGGCCUCAACUCGUACGCGCACACGUAUCUGAUGCCGUCUGGGAAGAUGUUCGUACAGGCGAACCUGUCGACGAUGCUCUGGGAUCCUGAGAACAACGUGGAGACGGACUUGCCUCCCAUGCCGGACGGUAUUGUCCGCGUGUAUCCCGCUUCGGGCGCUACGGCGAUGAUGCCGCUGACACCUGCGAACGACUACACGCCGAGCGUGCUCUUCUGCGGUGGCUCGGACAUGCCCGACUACUACUGGGGCAACUACUCGUGGCCGUUCUACAACACCUGGACGUACGGCGCAUCGGCGAAGUGUCAUUACAUUACACCUGAGCCGACGGACGGUUCCACUCCAAAGUAUGUGGAAACCGACGAUAUGCCGAAGGGCCGGACCAUGGGUCAGUUCAUCCACCUGCCCGAUGGUAAGAUGCUCGUCGUGAACGGCGGCGCUAUGGGCACUGCCGGAUUCUCGAAGCAGACUCUCUACGCGACCACCCUUUCCCAAAUGACGUUCGGAGAGUCCCUUGCUGCAGACCCUGUCGGUCAACCUGCUAUAUACGACCCAACUGCUUCCUCCGGUUCCUACUGGUCAACGGAAGGUUUGGACACCUCGAACAUCGCGCGUUUGUACCACUCCUCGGCUAUAUUGCUGCCCGACGCCUCAGUGCUCAUCGCGGGCUCUAACCCCAACCUUGAUGUCAAUAUGAGCACCGUCUAUCCCACAACGUACAAGGCCGAGCUCUUCUACCCGCCAUACUUCUCUGCGUCCACUCGCCCCACUCCUCAGAACGUACCGAGUACGCUCAGCUACGGUGGCGCUUACUUCGAUGUCUUGAUCCCCCCUUCGUCGUACUCCGGCUCUGCGAACGAUGCCGCCGCGAACACGACUGUGUGGGUCAUCCGCACGGGCUGGACCACGCACGCUAUGAACAUGGGUCAGCGCUCCAUGCAGUUGAACAACACGUACACUGUGAACAGCAACGGGUCCAUCUCCUUGCAUGUUUCUCAGCUCCCUCCCAAUGCCAACCUCUUCCAGCCCGGCCCUGCCAUGCUGUUUGUCACCAUGUCUGGCAUCCCGAGCAACGGCACGUUCGUCCUCAUCGGCAGCGGCGACUUCGGCACACAACCUACGUCCCCUGCGGCCUCCCUUCCCCCUAGCGUACAGGCCGACAACGUGAGCGGCUCUGCUCCGAGUGGCUCCGCUGGUAGCUCUUCUACCUCCUCCAACUCAAGCAGCUCAUCGUCUGGGAGCACGUCACACACUGCCGCCAUCAUCGGUGGCAUCGUCGGAGCCGUCGCUGUUGUUGGUAUCCUGGGCGCCGCUUUCGGCGUCUAUGUCGCACGUCGGAGACGCGCAGCAUCGCAAGCGAAGCCUGCAUCGAUGUACGCCAUGUCCUCCGUCGGGGGCGCUGGCGCGCUUGGCAGGCGUGACCUUCGCAACUCCGACUCGAGCGCGUUCGUGCCGCUGCAGCACGAGAACAAGAGCAUGUGGGAUGGGAACGCGAGCAACAUCAGCCUGUCGCCUUAUCACGACGAGGUGCGGACGGGCGGGCCCAGCGCAGAGUUUGACCCUUACUACCAGAACGCGCCUCGUCGGUGAACGAGGAAGUACAGUAAUGACCGGACUUCGUCUUUUUAUACAUUCCUAUUAGCGUGCCUCGCCUCUUCAUGGGGGCCGAUCGCUCGUUGGGCUUGUUUCCCUAAAGUAAUGUCGUUUCCUCCUCGUAUGGACCUUUACGACGCGUCUCUCCCUUUUGUGGCACCACCGUGUCACUUGGACUCUUUUCCCGAGCUUGAUUGGACUUGGCAGUAUGUAGAGAUAACGGAAUCAGCACGAGUGCGAAGUCCAAUGAAGCUAUGAAAGGGUCGCCUGAAAA